ACACUGCCGCCGAUUAAUUAUGAGAACGUGUUGACACUUAAUUCUCGAUUGCAAAAGGUGAGAAAUGUAAGUAACAUCUGAUGGGAUCCCGCAAUCACUGCAUAAUUAUUAGCGAGAGACCGAUAUGACCAAUCAAAUUCGUCGUUGUUUUUAAGAUCCGCCCAUUUUUUCUAAAAAUAUUUUGACCUUGAUAAAUAUGGAAACUCGCAUAUCGUGUUAUACAUGUUUUUGUACUCAAUAUUGAAAGCUAUCCUAUGUGUAAUUGAUUGAUCUUGAAUAUGUCUAAACGGAAAGUGUUAACGUUGGAUGAUAGAGCUCGUGUGUUGGAAUUAAGUAAGAACAAAAGUGCUCGUAAAAUAGCUGAAGAAAUGGGCGUAGGAAAAACCCAGAUCCAAAAUAUUCUGAAACGGAAAGCGGAAGUGUUAGAGGAUAUUGAAAACAAUGUUUCAGGUGACCGUAAACGUGCGAGGAGAGUAACUGUUCACGAGGAUGUUAACAAUUUGGUAUAUGAGUGGUUUAAGGACGUGACUGCUAGGAGAUUGCCCGUGUCUGGGCCUAUCUUGUGCACUCAAGCUCUUAAGUUCGCGAGUGAUCUUGGGGACAUUAACUUUAAGGCAUCGACGGGAUGGCUUGCUUCGUUCUUGAAACGUAAUAACAUUGUGUUAGGGACAAUGUCUGGGGAGAGGGGAGAUGUCAAUAAAGACACGGUAACUGACUGGAAAUCAAAACUCCCAACAGUGUGUGAUGGAUAUGAUCCGAAGGACAUAUUCAAUAUGGAUGAGACUGGUUUGUUCUUCCGAGACACAACAAGGAAAUCGUAUCAUUUCAAAGAUUCAGAACUGGUUGGUGGAAAACGCUCUAAGGAACGCAUUACUGUUUCGCUGUGUGCUUCUAUGACCGGGGAGAAGCUCAAACCACUAGUGAUUGGUAAAGCUGCACGUCCGAGAUGCUUCAGCAAAAUAGAUCCGGAAAAACUACCUGUGACCUACAGAAACAACAAAAAAGCGUGGAUGACCGGUGAACUCAUGACAGAAUGGCUAAGGACGGUUGACAAACAAAUGAAGAAACAACGCAGGAACAUCUUGUUAUUCUUGGACAACGCGCCUGCACAUCCGGACUUGAAACUUAACAAUGUUAAACUUGUCUUCUUGCCACCUAAUACAACUGCUCUUUCGCAGCCAAUGGACCAGGGUAUCAUUCAGGCUCUUAAGUUGAAGUUCAGGAAUCGUCAGCUCUCGUACAUUGUGUCACAAAUGGAACGUACGGAUAAAGUUGGUUCACAAGUGUUAAAGGAAAUUUCCAUUCUAGAUGCUAUUUACUGGAUUAACGGUUCGUGGAAGGAGGUGACUCCAACCACAAUUCAGAAGUGUUUCGCAAAGUGUGGAUUUGAUCAGAUAAGUGAAAGUGAUCUUGUUGUUAAUGAAUGUGAUAGUGAUGAUGAUAGUGAUGAUGAUGAUGAUGAAGUGCCCUUAGCUGUCUUAAGAAUGUCUCAUGAGUUGUUCGGGUGUGAAUACCACGAAUUGGUAGAUUUAGAUAAAUCUGUUCCGACGUGCGACGAGAAUAAUUCCAUUGUUGACUGGGAUAAGAAUGCAGGUGAUAUCUUAAUUGAACUGCAGUCAAGCAAAGAUGUUUGUGAUAAUGAUGAGUGUGAUGAUGGUGUUGACUCAGACAGACCUGAAACUGUGAUCACAAUGUCUGAGGCUAGUGAUAUGCUUGAUAAACUGAAAAUGUUUGCUCUCAGUAAAGGACAGGAUAAGUGGCUUGAUAACAUUAUGGAUUUGCAAGACAUGUUUGUAAGUUGCCGUGCAGAGACUCAAUGUAAGCAGACUAGAAUUCAUGAGUUUUUUGAAAGAAAAUAAAAACUUGGAACUGACAUAACUAACAGGCAAUUGCAAGUUUGAAAUUCAA